AUGAUGAGGAAAAUAAAGAUUGAGAAUGAUAUGAUAAUUAAACGCGGAGAAGUUUAUAAAUUUCGUGUCAGUCGUAAAGAAACCGAAGGAACCGAACAACAAAAAAACCGUCCGGCAGUAAUUAUCUCUACUAAUCGCUUAAAUAAAAAAAACAUUCGCUUUGUGGCAGUGCCAAUCACCAGCAAGAAAUUAGAAAAAGUUUAUGAUUUUGAAGUUCCGGUAAUGGUGGCUAAUCGUCAAGGCAAGGCAUUGUGCGACCAAAUAAGAGUUUAUAAUGAAACUAGGCUAAUUAAAAAAGAGGGAAAAUUAGGUAUUUUAAACGAAAAGGAGUUAAAAGAAAUUGGAGAAAAGGUUUUAGCUUUAUUAGAUUUUGAGGAGUUGAUAGAUUUGAGAAAAAGCCAAGGCAUAAAACCUCUAAUUAAUUGUCAAUCUUUUCCUUACUUCCCACCUGAACUACUAAAAAAAGGUUAUGAUUAUUUAAUAAUAGAUGCUCCGGCACGAAUAAGUAAAGAAAGUUUAGAAAUUGCCAAACAAGCCAAUUUAAUAAUUCAACCGGUUCGUCCUAGUUUGGAUGACCUAAACCCCGCCAUUCGUGAGUUUAAUGGCUUAUUUAAAGCCGGAAUUUCUAAAAGUAAGUUAAAUUUCUUAAUAAAUGCGGUUGGUUCUCCUGCUAUGGAGAAAAAUACUCGGGAAUACUUAUCCCCAGCGGGUUAUUUUAUUUUCCCCGUAGCGUUAGAAGAAAAGGUUUCUUACCAAGAAGCCCAAAACCAAGGAUUAAGUAUUGGGGAAGUGAAAUAUAAAAGAUUACAAGAGCAACAAAAAGCAAUAGUAGAGGCAAUAUACAAAGGAAAAACCAAAGAUGAAAAAAAUGUAAAUUUG